AUGUAUAGAGACUCAUAUCAACGAGGUAUGCUCACUGUGUUUUUUAGUUGUGGCUCGAAGCCUCUCAACAUUUGGGAAACCCAUACCCAAGAUGGAUACAUAAGCAGAUUCUUAGACCAAGAUAUAAAGUCAAUGGUUUUAGAAAUAGGUGGAACUAACGUAAGUACAACGUAUAUGAUAUGCCCAAAAGGAAAACAAGUUUUGGGAAUAACCAUGCCUUUUCUAGUUAUGAUUGUAAAGAAUCUUAAGAAAUACUUCUCGUUUGAAGUUACUAUACUCGACGAAACGGGAACAAGGAGACGUUUCCGCGUUUCAAAUUUCCAAAGCACUACACAAAUAUUACCCCUUUGCACUGUGAUGCCAAUUGGUCUUUCAGAAGGAUGGAAUCAAAUACAAUUCAACCUAGCAGAAUUCACACGACGUGCUUAUAAGAAGCAAUUUGUUGAAGUACAGAAAAUAAAAGUAAACGCAAAUAUUCGGUUGAGACGAAUAUAUUUUACUGAAAGACUUAUUCCGGAGGAUCAAUUGCCGCCUGAAUACAAAUUAUACUUUCCCUUGGCGAGUAAAGAAGCGAAAGGAAGAAAGGGGGCAAAAUCAGAUGCAGAGAGCGUUAAAGAAAAUCUUAAGCCGUCAUCGUCACAGCAGACUGUUGCCAAGCAAUCUUCGAAGGUUUCAAUGCAUUCUGUAAAGGGUGAUGUGUCCGCGCCAGAACAGGCAUCGAAAGCGGAUGAGCCGCCUGCUGUUGAGGGACCACCAGCAGAAGCGCCGGCUGAAGAAGUUCCGGAAAAAGCUGCUGAAGCAGCAGAAGUACCUGAAUCGGGUGAAGCAGGGGAAGCAACUGAGCAAGCUGAAGGAACGGCAGAAGUGACUCCCGAAGGAGAAAUACCCUCAGAAACUGCCCCUGAUACUGCUCCUGAAGGAGAGACUGAAGCAGCCGCUGAACCAUCCGCAGAGGCACCAGCUGAGGAAAUAGCUGAGGCAACAGCUGAGGCAACAGCUGAAGCACCAGCUGAGGCACCAGCUGAAGAAUCUGCUGAGACACCGACUGAGGCCGCUCCAGAGAGUCAACCUGCAGAGCAGCCUGCGGUUGAACCAGAAGCGCCUCCUGAAUAA